GUAAGGUAAAUUUGUGAAAAAAACAUUAGACGCCCCAAAAAUUCUCGAAAUUUUUCUAUAGACCAACGAGUACUCUUUUUAUGUAUAAAGUAUAAUAAAUUCUAUCCUUUGCCACUCUAGCUGACAUUUUAUCUACUUUGUCUGUAAGGCCAUAAAAAUCCUCUUUAAAGGUGGAAGCUCCCCCAUAGAAAGAAAAGCUUUAAAAGAUACAAAGGGUACAAAUCGCAUUGCACGAAUGAAUAUAUCAAUUUACAAUCAAUUUUGCAGUAAUAGCAUCAUCUUUGAUGUGGAACAUUUCUAUAUCUCGGAACGAUUUUGCAAAUAAAAUUCAUCCGGUGAGCGUGAGAUACUCGAUAUAUGGCGUGACUUGUUGCGUCGGAAUAUUCGAUAUCCGACAUACUUUUUGUCGCCAAUCCACUGGACUUCCGUUCUUUGAAUUGAAUUAACUACGAAGCGAGGCUUAAGUUGGCUUAAAGUAAAAUCUGAAAUAGUUGGGAAACCCCUCUCCGGAGAGAUUCCGCUUUAUUACCGCUUUAUUACCGCGUCCGCGUUUCGCUUUUCAUUCAUUUUCAGGGGUAUAUAGUAAGCAACUUCGCCGUCGACGGUCUUGAUAUCGAACGGUAUUUACCGUGUCGGUAAUGACUGUCUUGCGAUGCGAAAAAUAUAAAGUCCACGGGAGAAUAAGCCGCCCACUAUAUCACGUGAAUCGGCAAUCGUGCUUUGACACGGAUAUAGCACAAUAAACAUUCCAGUUGACACGGUGCUAGACGGUAGAUCGAUAAUCAUUCGGUCUUACCGCGUUUACAUACCCUUAACCGACUGCAAUUGAUAACGAGGAGACAUGGCGGAAUGACAGCACGGGCGGGAAUAAAAAUAACCGGGCCAUAAAAAAGCGUUGUACUCCAACGUCACGUAAAUAACCGUUGCAUAUUAAUAGCUAUUAAUUAUGUGAUUAACGACGACGAUAAUUUUGUAUCGUUGCCGUCGAAGGGAUUAAAUUGCAACGCAUAUAAGGGUGUUAUAUGCGAGGCGUUUGAAGCGAGAGACAAUAUGGAAUUUUAUUUCCCGCUUGCCGACACUCUCGAAGCGACGAGGAGGAAAUAUUUGCAAACGGGAGGAAUCUUCCAUAAGUUGAGAAUUCUCGCGAUGGUGGUAUAACCGUUUGCCUCUUUUGUGCCGUAACUCGUGAAUGCCCAUUUUGACCCGGCGAAGAAUCUGCCUGCGGUACACGCACACACAUAUAUAUCUGGCGCAAUAUCGUCGUGACGGUAUUCUUUCCUGCGAUUCCUGCGGCAGCUCGCUUAACCGGAAGGAAACCGAUAGGAAACUAGCAGCACGUGAAACGAUGAAGCUGGAUUCCCGGGUGUAAAAUAUAAAAAGGGCACGGGUGAUAAACGCACGUGCCGCUUGAUAUACGAUAUCGUAAAUAGCGAGGCACUCUUUGCUGGGAGAUCUCGAGAUCGAAAUAAUUCAUCUUAACAAAGUCGGAGGCAAAAUACCGCGUGGUAUUUUCAAUCAUGAUGAAAACAAUUACCUUUGAUCUUAUUUCACGGCGUUUCUCGACGCAUUUCCCCGACGCGUUAGCAUUGAUACUCUUGAACUGAAGAAGAGUUGAAAAGUUCACCGCGCGCUAUUUUUAAGCUGUUCCUUCCCUCGCCUUAAUGAAACGGAUGACCGAAUGAAUUUUACACGGCGACACAUCUGCGCCAAUCGCAUCGGUUUUUUGCCGAUUGUUAGGAAUUUAUCGCGCAACAAUUUGUAUAAUUACGAGUCUUUUUGUUUUAACGUUCUAUAUAACGCACGUGAAAUUAGGUUAACGACUUUUGAGAUUGUAUGAUCAUUUUGGAUAGCUUUAGACGACACGUUUUCCCAUUAUUACGGAAUAGUAAUUUUAUUUACUAUCGUAAAAAGGUAGUAUCUUGUUUGAGCUGUACCGUCUGACGUGAGGAGCUUGCGGCGGGAGAGGCGCAUGUAUAAAAAGAGAUAUCGAUAUGCGCGCGGUGGUAGAAAUAACGGCAAUAAAAAAUUGACUUGUCGACGAGUUCACGAGGAUCGAGGAUCUAGAUACGAUCGGCCAUUUUCGGGUCGUGAUAGUUAUUUUGAUCGUCGAUACUGAUACCGAAGUGAAUGUAAUCCACGACGGGGCUCAGAGUAGAGUCGCGCUAGAUCAAUAAGCACGAUGACGUGUAAAUGAAGCACUUCUCUUAAAUCUUUUACUUUUCAUAAAUUAUAUCGGUCGAUCGAUUUUACCGCAGCACGCGAUGUAAUAUUUAAAGAAGCCACGUAUAUAUUUCAGAAUUUCGAUCUUUUUCGCGGCGAAGUCCCUCCUCGCGUCGUCGCUAUUAAGUUUAGAUUGAGGCCAACGAGGCGCAAUUAGAAAUCUUGAUGAUGACACACAUCUAUAGUCAACCUAUAAAUUACCCUAUGAUUAAUUCCAAUAAUACAGGUUAGUAAAAUAUUUAGGAUCGUUUUUUCCUCGUGGAUGUAAAGCAAAUGCCUCGACGUAUUUUUGACUCGGUUAUCUCGAUUUUAUGAUAUAUAUUGAUGAUGUGUAUCGAGAUAAUGUAAACACCAUGGAAGCUGUUGACUUGAUACUCGGUGUUGGCUUGCUAUUCGAUAGCUCUUGUAUCAAGCCACACUUGGGGGUUGGCUUUUGCUAUUUUACAGAUAACAACGGCGGCAUGAACGUACGAGACUGGUUACAAAGUGCCAUUUGCAGAGUGUCGCGCGAUCACGAGCGUUCUAUCAAGGUUGCAUCCCAACGACUUCCAAACUUUGUGUACGCAGUGUAGCUUGUAGAACGAAACGCGAAGAGAGAGAGAGAGAGAGAGAGAGAGAGAGAGAGAGAGACACUUGAUACAUGUAGACGUAAAAGUGAUGAAGAAAUCGUAGGACGUAGUUAGACUGUGUAUGUGAAAUGUGAGAAAUUCAAAAGGAGCCAACAUGGAGAUCAUCACGAAAAGCGUCGCAACGACCAAAAAUUCGACUACACCAAUGGCCUCCGUGAGGUUCGCCAAGCUGCAAUUCAUGUUCCUUCUUGGUCCACAAGAGGGAAUGUGACUUGAUUUAGAAGCGAGCCUCGACGAUGAAUCGCCUCAGGGAUCGUCAAAUAGAAACAUAGGCGCAUAACUAACAACAACAAAAAAUAAAGAGAAUACAAAUAAAAAAAGUAUCUACGUAGUGCGAUCAGAUAAGGCUGAAAUAUGGAUUCGACGAAAUUGGGCGGUCCAGCGCCGACCAGUCCGAGGACUCAUUCGCCAGUCCUGCCGAGCUACGCCGCACCCGGUGACGGUAAUAUCGAUUAUAUCAUCGGCGACUAUAUGGAGAGACUAGGCACGAGACUGAACAUACUCGAAACUGAAUUGAAAUACGCGUGGAGGGCGCUGGAUCUCCUCAGCCAGGAGUACAUCAAGAUGUGGGAAAGAUUAGAAAAACUGGAGGGUCUGCUGUACGAGCAGCAGACGGUCAUCAGCCAACUGAUCGAAUUUUACACUAGCGGCGGCACUCACGACAAUGUGAGCAUCGUUGAGGAGACCUUGGCCAACCAGCAGAGCUCGGUAGGCGAGUUGGAUGCGAUCGCGAAGAGUCUGGGUACUGCGAUAGGUAUCGAGGAGACCACCGUGCUACGGGAGAAACUCGCUCAACAGGAACUAGUGAGGAUGCACGGACUCACGCAGGACAGUACAACGGCCGCGGCUGUGGUCACCGAUAUGCACAGGAAUGUGAGGAAUCUGGACACUUUGGAAACUCUCGAGGAAGAGGGCAACAUUCCCGACGAGGCAUUCUACAGGAGCCUGAAUAACGCUUAUAGGGAAGAUCUAAUCUGCGGCGACACGUCGAGACCGACGUCGCAACUGGGUAUGAUCUGGGAAGAGGCCGAGGACGAAGAUAUAAACGGGAAAAAGGAGAUCGAGUCCAGCAUCUUUGACAAGACUAUACCAAAGGAAAAAGAGCUAGAAGAGUUGUCCAAUCAAUCGACGAAGGAGGAGGUGCAAACUUCCAUAAUGAAGAAAGAAGAUGAAGCGGAUGAGGACGAAGGCGAGGUGUUUAGCGCGGCCGAUUACAAGAGUUACAGAGGAAACACGCCGUGCGUCAGCGAGCAAGAUCUCGCUCAACUUUCGAGACUCAGCUCUCUCGAUCAGGUGGCGUUAGAAAAGUUGCACGAAAUAGACAGGCUAACCAGUAAGCUGCAAAAGGACUCGCAGAAUCUGAUAGAGCUGCAAUCGAGAUUGAUAGACUCGCCGAAACGAAACCAGUAUGCCUCCGAGGCCGAGGCGAAAUUGGCUGAGGAAGUGAGCAGCUUAGACGAACAGAUGAGAAAGAUCUACGCGGAAACUGACGUGGACAGCUGGACCUUCUCCAAAAGUCCUGGAUCUACUGGCGGCAGAUCAAUCUCCAGAGUCAGCACUGACAGCGGAUUAGCCACCGAUGGCGACUUUACAACGAGAUCUAUAUCGCCAAGACUGACCUCUACGUCCAGGAGUAAUUUAGACUCCAUUUCGACUACUUAUACCCCGCCUAGAUUAGGAUAUACAUCGGCUAUACUAGAAAAAAGUCCGGAACCCGUGAUCCAGUUGCCGAUCGAUGUCGGUAGCUUCGCGAAAGGAUACGCCGAAAACAAGGAGCUGACAGAUUUGAUGGCCGAAAGUUUCGCGACCGCUGUCACUUGCGCCUCACCCAGUAUUUAUAACGCGACCGCUGACAAAGUGUCAUCGCCCACUUUGUCGGCCGGUAGCGUGCACAGCGGUCACAGCGUUCAAGGUCUUCGCACCAGACAGGACGGUUAUUUCGGUAGCGCAGCCCGGCUCAAUCUUGAAUUUCAGGAAAGUCGCACGCCACCUAGUCCAUCGCCUAGUUCACCACCUCCACCAGCGCCACGAGAUACCACCGAAUCCUUCCUCAUGCCUGGCGCGGAUCAGAGAGAGCCGGAGACGAAAAGAUCUCAGAGCCCGAGUUUUCUGCGAAACACGGAGAAGUUGGUCUCCAUGGAGCAGGGUCGUCUCAGUCCGCGUACUCCUCACUCGCCCAAAUCACCGAGAGUCUCGCCGAAACAUGCGGUGAAAUCCAGUAGUGCCGCUAAUAUAGUCACAGCUAAAUCCGACUCCGGUCUGUCCUCCAUGAGCGGCUGGAGCAGCUUAGACAAGUCGCCAUGUUCCCCAAAGAGCUCUAUCGCUAAGAUGUUGACUUCUUAUUCAGUGGAUCAUACCCGCGCGAGUACUCUUAUACCUAGCACGCAGCCCGCCAGGACAUCCAGUCCGAUACCGCCACUUCCAGAGACGACUAGUACCACAAUCACGCAGGAACCUCUUUAUGACACUCCCGAGGGUAGAGACGCCUUCGCGAACACGAUGACGACUACAUCCGGUCAUCCUUACACAACGACAAUGAAUCACUUAUCAGCAUACACAACUGCUAGCAAAUCACCAGUCAGUAAAGAGGAGUACACUUUUGUGCCACCACCAGCUCCAGGCGUAAUUACCACCUGUCAGAGUCCUAAGAAACGCAGCCGUCUUCAACACAGUUACUCGACAUCCGCCGGUAUGACUGCGGAUUACAUUUAUAGAUCGGAACAACCGGCUAUUUAUUCCGUGGCGGGUAGUAAUCGACAGCAAGCCAUCACGAGCGUCUAUACCAGCGGUGCUGGAACUUACGGGCCCAAGACUACCACGUCGGCUUACUACUCUUCCUCCGAGUCGAUGGACCAUCAGUAUACCAAUUAUCAGGACAGUUACGGCACUCUUCAGUACGCGGAGACGACGAGCGCCAUGAUCGCCCAUGGAAAGAAGCCGAUACGCGGGAGUUCCUUCACCGACGGCAUGACGAAUCACGAAGGAUACAAGGCGGCGAUGUAUCGCACGAUGUUCCCCACCGGUAAUAUCACGGAUGCACUCUCGUAUUAUCCGACCAGCGUGACCAAUCUGCCGCGCACGGAGACAAACGAGAGCUCGUCGUGGCUGAACUCGAUGGAGGAGCAAAUACCUCACGAUUCGACAUCUUCCAGCAUCAGGUCCUUGACUUCCGACGGAAGCUAUGCUCAAAGUCCGUACACGGACCGGAGGUAUCCUCAGCCACCGGCCUAUCAAGCGCAUCCGGCGUAUCAGCAGCAUCAUAUCUAUGUAAAUCAGAAUUAUCCGCAAGUCUAUCAGCAGCAGUAUCAACCGUACAGUCAACGACUGAGCAGUGCCGAGAGCGCACAACUUGCGGACGGUUAUCAAAGACAGUGGCAAAGGGAGCAUCAAUACAUUCAGGAUCACGAGAGUGGAAGAAUACCGAUGGAGCAACAACAGACGCAGCAGAGCGAGUAUUAUGACGCCUCGAGCGUAAUAGUUUCGCAAUCCGGAUACAUCAGCAUUGCCACGAAUUUGAAGGAUCACGAAGUGGAUAACAGCAAGUUGUCGAAGAAGGUCAGAAGAGGCUCCUCGCUGAAGAACGCGAUGAGCUCCAUGAGCAACUGGUUGCCCGAUUUACAUCUCAGUAAACGUCACAGAAGUCAAUCAUUGCCAGGCGGUGUGAGGAGAGAGGACUUGGACGUGCCGCAAGACGGUCAGCAAAGAUUGCCCGCUGAAAUGACAGGCAGAGGUAGGGGCAGAGGUCAGGCGGCUCGAAAGAAAAAGAAACAUACGCUGGUUUCCACGGUCUCCGGCAUACUUCAAAAGGCCAAACGUCGCAGUCAUCAGUCGCAGUCUUUGUCCGAUCCGGAACAGUCCGAAACGGAAUGGAGCAGCGGUCGGCAAAGCGGCCUUUCGGAAGACGAGGACAGCGUUAUAUCCGAUAUUGUUCAAGAACCGCCCUUCUUCGCCAAGGUAAAGACCGCGAGCACGAAGAGGAAGCAGCCGCUGCCGCAGCAAAUGAUGACGCAACAACAGAUUCAGCAGCAACAACAGAUUCAAGCGCAGCAGAUCCAAGCGCAGCAGAUUCAAGCGCAGCAAGCAAAGGAAUAUAUGCAACAACAGCAGCAGCAAGCACAAUUACAACAGUUCCAGCAGCAACAGGCGCUUCAGCAACAACAGCAGGCGCUUCAACAACAGAUCCAACAGCAUCAGGAGCAAUUGCAUCAACAGGCUCUUCAAGAUACGUGGGCUAAGGAAAAGGAGCAAAGAAAGAUCGAAGCUACCGAAAAUGAAGUGAACGAUCAGAUGGCUAUGCUCGAAGAGGAAGCUUCGGGGAAGAGUACCGGCUCCGGAUCUGGUGGAUCAUCGAUUUUCCAAACUGUCGGCGACAUUAAGAGGUCGACGGGCAGCUCGGAUGAGGCACCCAACGAGAAGGCGCCGAAAUUGCCUCCGGUCACUUUGAUCGGUGGUUCGAGCAUGGAAUUCGCCGUAUCACGAGCGCUUGGCAAGUAUCGCCAACGACAAUCCUCGACGGUGUCCGAUGAACAAUCGAUAACCGACGAGAACAACGAGAAGAAACCAGCCGAGGAGGGGCCGGCGCAGACUCUGGAAACAAGUUUCGAGUAUCCGGAGGAUAUGUCUGAAAAGAGCGAGAAAAGCGAGAAAUCCGGUAGCGCAAAAUUACCGGAACUAGUUACCAGUCUGUCGGAAGAAGCCCCGCCGUCGGAAGGCAGCCCGUCGGCGUCUAUAAGGGGUUACAAUACCACGGGAGGAACUCGAUUUCUGCCGCGUCACCAGCAGUCCCUGGAAAUUCCCUGGACCGGAUCGCGCCCGGGUGAACCUGACGAGGAUAAUCGCAGCACGCAUUCGUACAGGAGCACGUCGAGAGUAUCUUCGAGGCGGCAGAGCACCGAAGAUUCGAUUGAUUCCGAGGACGAAUGGUACUGUUACGAGCUAAGAAAACUCGAAGAGCUGGAAAGGCAGUCCGAGAUGGAAAUGACCGAAGCGUUAAUCGAGGAACCCGAGGAUGAGGUUUAUCAGCCGGACGAAACGGUAAAAGAAAAGAUGUCGUUCGUGUUAAAGGAGCUCAAGCUUAAAGCCAUCACGAAACCGAAAGAACAGAGGAAGGAGAGUAGGGAAGAAUUGCGAGGUAGGAUGAAUGGUACGGUCAUCAAGGAGCAUCGCUUCGAGGAGAACGACAGCAGGUAUCGCGACGAGAAGCCUAUUCCGAAGCGGAAAUCUGCGGAGAGCGUGGAGGCUGUGUUCGCCAGGGUGACCGAUUACCAUACAUGGGCGCACGAGAUAGAAGCCAAGAAGGAGAAGCUCCCACCGUCCACGGAGGAGGGUUCUUCCGGCGAGACAUCCGGUCCGGACAGUCCUGGACAGUCGAUGGACGAGGAAGAAGAGGAGGAGCUGCCGAAGGAUCUCGAAGAACAACAGUCACGACGAAGCUCCAACGGUUCGACGCUACGUCACAGCGAGAAGAUGCCGCAGGGCUCGGAUUCUUUAUCCCGCGAAGGUAGCGUAAGUGUACCACCUAGCGAAGUGUCGGUCAGCAUCCCGGGAGCUUGGGAUUCUGAAAGCACUGUCCUUGAAGGCCUCGAGCGCGACGGAGCCGGUAGCGCCGAGACGGCUACCACGGCGACCUUGAGUCUACCGAAGAUCAAGAUCGACUCCUCGUCCUGCGGAAGCUCGGACACGACAUUGAAGGAGGGCCAGGUGAGUCCUGGCCCACCCGGGUCCAAGUGGAAGCUGCUCAAGGCCUUGAAGGAACGUAAGGCCGAGGAGAAGCUCAAGGAGGUCGAAGAGGCCUCGAAGGAAAACACUAUCUCUCAGGGACCCACGGCAAACGGCAGCGGACCUGGCGGCGAAUCCGGUGGACGAGCGAACGGACAUCCAGGCGACAAUCCCUUCUACAGCACCAUCGACAGUAUGCCGGACAUUCGACCGCGCCGGAAGUCGAUACCAUUGGUUUCCGAGCUGGUCUUGAAGACCAUGGCGGCGACGAAGAGGAACGCUGGUCUGACAUCCGCCGUGCCUCGAGCGACGCUGAACGACGAGGAGCUGAAGAUGCACGUGUACAAGAAAACCCUGCAGGCGAUGAUCUACCCCAUAUCAUCGACCACCCCUCACAAUUUCGUCACUUGGACGGCCACGUCGCCGACGUACUGCUACGAGUGCGAGGGUCUUCUCUGGGGCAUCGCUCGACAGGGGGUGCGAUGUAUGGAGUGCGGUGUCAAGUGUCACGAAAAGUGCAAGGACCUCCUGAACGCCGAUUGCUUGCAGAGGGCGGCUGAGAAGAGCUCGAAGCACGGCGCUGAGGAUAAGGCGAAUAGCAUAAUUACAGCAAUGAAGGAGAGAAUGAAGCAAAGAGAACGAGAGAAACCAGAAAUCUUCGAACUGAUUCGCACAACGUUUUCAGUCGACCCGGAUACGCACAUAGACAGCCUCGAGCAGGCCGAGCAGAUCGUCCUUGAGGGUACCAGCAAGUGGUCCUGCAAGAUCGCCAUCACAGUGAUCAGCGCUCAGGGAUUGAUCGCCAAAGAUAAGAGCGGCACAUCCGACCCCUACGUGACGGUCCAAGUUGGCAAAGUAAAGAAACGCACGAGGACCAUGCCGCGGGAGCUAAAUCCAGUAUGGCACGAGAAGUUCUACUUCGAGUGCCACAAUUCGUCCGAUCGGAUCAAGGUUCGAGUGUGGGACGAGGACAACGAUCUGAAGUCGAAGUUGAGGCAAAAACUGACGAGGGAGAGCGACGACUUUCUCGGGCAGACCAUCAUCGAGGUCCGAACUCUCAGCGGCGAGAUGGACGUCUGGUACAAUCUGGAAAAGAGGACGGACAAGAGCGCGGUGUCGGGCGCUAUUCGACUGCACAUCAGCGUUGAGAUUAAGGGCGAGGAGAAGGUGGCACCUUACCACGUGCAGUACACCUGUCUGCACGAGAAUCUGUUCCACAGUCUAUGCGAGGAGAACGGCGGCAUGGUGACGUUACCUCAGGCGAAGGGCGACGAUGCCUGGAAGGUCUACUUUGAUCCUCCUGGCGAGGAGCUCGUUGACGAGUUCGCCAUGCGUUACGGCAUUGAGAGCAUCUACCAGGCGAUGACGCACUUCCACUGCCUCUCAACCAAGUACCUGUGUCCAGGCGUGCCGGCCGUUAUGUCGACCCUCCUGGCGAACAUAAAUGCGUACUACGCCCAUACGACCGCUAGUCCGGCCGUGUCGGCCAGUGAUAGAUUCGCCGCCAGUAACUUCGGGAAAGAAAAAUUCGUCAAGUUACUGGAUCAGCUGCACAACUCCCUCAGGAUCGACCUGUCGAUGUACAGAAACAACUUCCCGGCUUCGAGUCAGGAGAAGCUGAUGGAUUUGAAGAGCACCGUGGACCUGCUGACGAGCAUCACGUUCUUCCGUAUGAAGGUCCAAGAGCUGUCGAGCCCGCCGCGAGCCAGCACCGUAGUAAAGGAUUGCGUGAAGGCGUGCCUGCGAUCGACGUACCAGUUCCUCUUCGAAAACUGUUACGACCUGUACAAUCGGGAAUUCCAAGCGGACCCGAACGAGGCGAAGAGGGACACGGACGAUCACGGGCCGCGACUGGACUCGCUCGACUUCUGGCACAAGCUGAUCGCCCUGAUAGUCUCGGUGAUCGAGGAGGACAAGAACAGCUAUGCGCCCGUGUUGAAUCAAUUCCCUCAGGAGCUCAACAUCGGUCAACUGUCGGCGGCCACGAUGUGGUCUUUGUUCGCGGUGGACAUGAAGUACGCCCUGGAGGAGCACGAGCAGCAUAGACUGUGCAAGUCCUCGGCCUAUAUGAAUCUGCACUUUAAAGUCAAGUGGCUGCACGCCAACUACGUCAAGGACGUGCCGCCGUACAAGGGCGCCGUGCCGGAAUACCCGGCCUGGUUCGAACCCUUCGUCAUGCAAUGGCUCAAUGAGAACGACGACGUCUCAUUAGAGUAUCUCCACGGUGCCUUUAGUAGAGAUAAAAAGGAAGGCUUCCAGAAGAGCAGCGAGCACGUGCUCUUCAGCGUCUCCGUCGUCGAUGUUUUCACACAGCUGACGCAAUGUUUCGACGUGGUGUCGAAGCUCGAAUGCCCGGACCCGGAGAUCUGGAAGAGAUACAUGAAGAGAUUCGCGAAGACCAUCGUCAAAGUCCUGGUGGCUUAUGCGGAUAUAGUGAAGAAGGAAUUCCCCAGCCAUUUGAAGGAAGAACGAAUUGCGUGCAUUCUGAUGAAUAAUAUCCAACAACUUCGGGUGCAAUUAGAAAAGAUGUUCGAGUCGAUGGGUGGCGACAAACUCGAGGAAGACGCGGCGAACAUAUUGAAGGAAUUGCAGCAACAAUUGAACGGCGCUCUGGAUGAUUUGGCUAUACUAUUCGCGAACAGUUUAGAACCGCGAAUAACGGUUUCGGUUAGGGAAUUAGGGGAUCUUUUGUUGGCUAUCAAAGGCGGAGGACAGGUGACCUUGUCGCAGCCAGCGCAAAGAAAUAACGUAACCGCGGAGGCCGAUGAUGUUCUAAGGCCACUUAUGGUUUUGCUCGAUGGUAGCCUGUCUCUGUACGCUGAGUCGUGUGAGAAGACGGUAUUGAAGAGACUGCUGAAAGAACUGUGGAAGAUAGUGAUGAGAAUUUUAGAAAAGACCGUUGUUUUGCCACCAAUGACGGAUAAGAGCAUGAUGUUCAAGAAUUUGACGGAUAACGCUAAGAAUCUCGCUGCGAAUGCCAAGAUAGAAGAUAUGUCGAAGCUAUUUAAGAAUCACAUGGCUGGGAAACCCGACGUCAAAAAUGCUCUCAGUGGUGUUAUGGAUAUCUCCAAGGAAGUGGAGAAGAAUCUUUCGCCGAAGCAGUGCGCAGUUCUCGACGUCGCUUUGGACACGAUCAAGCAGUACUUCCAUGCCGGCGGUAACGGCUUGAAGAAGACGUUCCUGGAGAAAUCACCGGAACUGCAGAGCCUCCGUUACGCGUUGAGCUUGUACACGCAAACGACGGACACCCUCAUCAAGACCUUUGUCACUUCGCAAGUCAACCAAGUGCCGCUGAACGAUGCGUCAACGCUACGUCAGCGUCAGCGUUCGAUGAGCAGCGAGAGAGGUGACGAAGGGGAAGGAGCCGAGGGUAUGGAAAGCCUCGAGGAACCCCUUCGCCAGAGCAAGCCCUCUCUUCGUCGAGAGAGCCGACAAGUUCCAGAUACCACCGGUUCAGAUGAGGGUUCAGUGGGCGAGGUGAGCAUUCAGGUGGAUCUUUUCACGCAUCCGGGAACGGGAGAGCAGAAAGUCACCGUCAAAGUUGUGGCCGCGAACGAUUUGAAGUGGCAAUUGGCGACGGGCAUGUUCAGGCCGUAUGUUGAGGUGAAUCUAAUCGGACCGCAUCUUACUGGCAAAAAGAGGAAACAAUCGACGAAAUCAAAGAGCAAUAACUGGUCGCCACAAUUCAACGAGAGCUUCGACUUUAUGAUCGGUAAUGAGCAACAACAGCUAGACUUCUACGAGUUGCAUAUCUGCGUAAAGGACUACUGCUUCGCGAGGGAGGACAGGCUCGUUGGAGUCGCGGUAAUGCAGCUGAAGGACAUCGUCGAGGAAGGCUCGUGCGCGUGCUGGCUAUCGCUCGGCAAGCGUAUUCAGAUGGACGAGACUGGUUGGACAAUCCUACGUAUUCUCUCGCAGCGGAAUAACGAUGAGAUUGCCAAAGAGUUCGUGAAGCUGAAGAGCGACAUCAGGCAGGAGACACCGCUGCCAAAUCCCACUUGAGGAGAUACGACGUUACGUUAAUAAGUCGACAGCGAAGCGAUUCGAGUACUUCGAGCUUGGAAAGAGCCCGAAGAGGAGAGGAAAGAGGAGGAGAAGGAGAAAGAGGAGGAGAGAGAGAGAGAAGCAGGAGGCCGUACCAAAAAAGGGUUAAUAUUUGAUGCCUUCGGUGCCACAAGCGAACGAAAUCUUUUACGAUUCCGCGAGAGAGAUGCAAUUUGCCCGAAAACAAUCGCCCCGAAUCCUUUCGUCUUUCUUCGCCAAGAGGCGCGAUCCAGGGAAGGACGGUCCUAGGAACGGGAUUCGAUUUAUCACGGAGUUUCUUCUCUCCAGCUUCCCUCGCGACGUGGAAUUCAGUCGAGCGUAAUUCCUCUCCCUUUUUUACGAGACUCACAUACACACAGAGCUUCAACCCCGUCCCUGGACAGCGACGAUGCACCGGGAACCAUCAUCUUCCACAGAUCUCGAGUUAGGACGAGCUAGGUCAACCCCGCGUGGCUCGGCGUUCGUCCUGCGUACUACUAUAAUGAUGAAAAAAGAGCGAUUCCUUCCGCCUGCGAGAGUUAAAACAAACGAGAAAGCGAAACUCGACAGCGACGACAACGAGCGACGCUCCAACCACCACUACGUAAAACGAGAGACACAUCGGACUCUUCUUCGAGUGUCGCAGGCGAGACACAGGGGGAGACGGGGAUAUGAAAGAGAGAGUGUUCGCGUGACGAAAACGCGAAACGUGAAAACAGUGCUGCCAGUACGCAAUAUAUUUGGUAAUAUUCGUAAUGUAAGAUAGGACGAGAAAGAGAGAGAGAAGGAGAGAGAGAGAGAGAGAGAGAA